UCUCUCAGUGUCAAGUAACUGCACUGCAUUACCACCUAACCUCACCUCUCCCCCUCACCCUCUUUCUACAAAUUCCCUGCCUCUCCAUAUACAAAUAAGCCAUUUCACAUAACCCUCACCCUCUUCCCAUCUUCUAUCUUCUUCUAUGCAGCAGCCAUGAAUGUCGAUCUCAAGAGACCAGGGGUAACAGAAAUACAAGUCCGAAUGGACUGUAACGGCUGCGUGCAGAAGAUCAGAAAGGCUCUACAUGGCAUCCAUGCAGGAAUAUAUGAUGUGUACAUUGAUUUCCCUCAACAAAAACUAACGGUCGUCGGCUGGGUCGAUCCGGAGAGAGUCAUGAAGGCCAUUAGAAAGACAAGAAAGCUUGCCACCAUUUGUACCCACAUUGAGCCCAGUGAACCCAAGAGUGAGCCCCCUCCACCUCCAGCUCCAGACCAGCCACCACCAGACCCUGCCAACCCACCUCCCCCGGAUCCUGAUCCACCGGCUGAGCCUCCAGCCGAAGAACAACCACCACCACCGCCGCCGCCACCACCGCCACCACCACUGCCGCCACCGCCACCACCACCACCUACAGAAGAGCCCAAGCCUGAGGUGGCUCCCCCUCCAGAAGGUGGAGAGACAGGGCCCACAACCUUUCAAGAGCCCCAUUUUUCUAAACUAAAAGAAGUCCAAGAGGUCAGAGUUAUGGAUUACCACCCUAGGGACUACUACUACUACCCCGGAAACUGGCACAAUGGCUACACUGGACCUGGUUUCCAAGGACAUGGAUUCCGACAAGAAUAUCCUCCUCGGCAUGCCGCAUACGCAUAUGAAACAGCCCCCUACGUGCCAGGACAUGGCUAUGUUCGAUUGCCGGCCCAGAACUGGCGCCCUUACCGGACUGAAUAUUUGGGCUCAGAUUAUCCUAGCCGUCCAAUUGGAGAUGGGGCCAACAUAACUUCUAUGUUUAGUGAUGAAAAUCCAAAUGCUUGCAGUGUAAUGUAGAAGCCUUUUAGGCUAACUUUCAAAUUUAUUUUAUUUUUUUAGGGGUUUUAGGGGAAUUUAAGGGUAAGGAUAAUGAGUUCAGUAAGAUUAGGAGAUAGAUGGGUAAAUGGAAUUAGAUGCUUAGCUUGUGGGUGGUGGAAGGGAUAAGAUUCCUGCAGAGGUUUCAUGGGGAUGAUAUGCCAAAAGCAAAUAUUCCAUACCUAUAUUUUCUCCCAUUUUAAUAAAACUCCUAGUCUUUACUUUGGUUUUCUAAAA